UCCUUGGUGGGUUUCGGUGACCUUGAUGAUUAGGUUAUCUUGUUUCGACGAGUCUGAGACGAGUUUGUCGAACUCAUGCAGGGAUAGAGGAGGAGGAGGAAGAAGAGAUGCAAAUCGGCAACCCCACCGACGUUAAACACGUCGCACACAUCGGUUGCGACACUCAAUCGAUUAAUAAUUCUCCUAGUUGGAUGAGCGAGUUCCGAUCACGCCCGCCCACAUCCGACGCAGAGACCGCUUCCGCCGACGCCGCUUCAGACCCCCACCCUGGCAGCGGAUCCAACACCCGCGACGAGGCGGCGCCUCCCCGGUCCUCGCGGCACGUGGAAAGCCCCAGCCGCGAAGGCUCCGUCCGGGGAACGCGAGGCCACCAGUCGUCCGGCGGCGCCGACAGCCCGUCGAGGGAGCUGUCGGAUGGGACCAGAAAGGGGGCGCGGAAGCACCGCGGAGGCGCCGCCGCGGGCGAGGAGCAUCUCCCGGCCGUUACCAAGAAGCCGCACCGCCGCAAGCCCAAGGCCACCUCCUCAUCCUCGGCCGCCUCCUCCUCCUCCCCGAGGUCGAAGGCAGCGGCGGGAUCGAACGUAUCCGGAUUUGAAGAGCAGGUAUCCGACUCCUCGAAGCCCGUGGCAGAGGACGGUGAAACGAAAUGAAGGAUGCGAUCGCAGCUACGGGCUGAUGGUAGACACAGAAUAAGAAGAGAAGCAAGUGAUUGAAAUCUGAAGAGAUAAACUUUGCAGAAAACUUAAGGACAUAAUUGUAAGAUUAUGGAAGAUACAUUUGUCGGAAUUAGAUGCGAAAAAUGCAAAUUUGAAGGAUAUA